AUGCUCGAUCCGCCGCUGUAUUCCCAAAAGAAGGCAGAGGGGGUCACUACAGUACAACCAUCAGGUCAUAAGGCAGCGCCCAAGGCUGGGUCGGAGACAAACAAUCGUACCAAGUCCCAGGACCCUGCCGCCAAUGCGUCAACAGCCUCAGGCUCUGGCGUGAAAAAAGCACGAUCUCAACAAGCCCAAUCCUACGCUGCAGCACAGCAAGCGAACGCGGCACGCCGAGAAAGAGAAGAAUGGGAGCGUACCCGUGGUGCUGGCAGCAAUGUACUUUUAUGGUAUGAAGAUCUACGGGUCAAGCGUUCUCGUAUCUUGGACCAUUUUAAGUGGACAGCGCCGGAAGUAGUACCACCGAUUGAGGAGAUCCUGGCCAAGGAGUCGGAGCCACAGGAGGUCAUCGGCAUGGAUCGUCUUCUUGACUGGGGUUUGUGCGAUUAUACGAUUCUGCCUCGGACGCUAGGCCGUGGACGUUUCUCUACGGUUUACCUUGCCGUGAAGAACGGAGAGCGGUACGCUGUAAAGCAUACACCUCUAUUCCCGCACCAUGAACUAGUAGCGACGCGACUCCUUCGCGAGCCUACGCUACUGGCGGAGCUGCCACCUCAUCCCAACUUGGUACAAGUGGUAGAGACGAUUCGUACGCCUGGUCACUUUUACCUGGUGGAAGAGUUCUUGGAAGGAUAUGUCACCGUGGAAGCACUUAUCACGAAACUUAAUAUCACAAAGCCGCCCGCGGCACCUGUGCUUCCGUAUGAUGUCGCUGAGAAAGUCUUUGACCAACUUGUCUUGGCCCUGCAUGCCAUUCACACCCCGUUGCGUGUGUGCCAUCGCGACGUGAAGCCUGAAAACAUUCUUGUGCACCCAGAAACACUCCAACUGAAGCUUCUCGAUUUUGGAUUGGCAACGCACUUUAGCCGCAGCCGUGCGAAGCUAACCACAUGCUGUGGCAGUCCCGCCUUCCACUGCCCCGAGAUUGUGGUGGCGUUGUCGCAGCCGCCUGGUACAAGCCCAUAUUGGGGGCCAGAAGUGGAUGCAUGGACUUGUGGCGUCACAUUGUUGCGGUGUCUCUCAGGUAUCCGUUACCCCUUGGGUACGACACACACAUCGCCGGCAGCCAUGGCAAGUCGUGCGAAAAAGGUUUUGGCGUCGCUUCCUGAUACGCAGCUUCGUCACGAUAUCUCGCUCCUGUUGGAUCUCGACGCUGAACAGCGUAUGCAGAAUUUCCAAGACAUUGCCGAUCGGAUUCUGAACAAUAUGAGCAAGCCACCCGUACGCACCCGUCGCGAAAUGAAAUGCACGUCCUUCAUUCCUGCACCGCCUCAGCAUGCUAUGGUUUUGCCAUUGGUACUGACCAAGGAAACAGAGCUUUAUCGGAUGGGGGAUUUGCCAUUCCCAGGCGCCUCGUCGUACUCGCAAAUGACGCUUUUGAACACGUCGCGUCAGCCCAGCCAACGAGUGCUGUCGUUUAUCAAGUACUGCUUCCGAUGUGCUGGCAUUUUGUAUCAUACCAUUCCCAUCCACAAGGCAGCCGAGGAAGCGUCUAUAACUUCGCACCCGAACUGGCGUCCUGAGGCAUUGACCUCGUGCACAUUCCAGUGUGUAGUGGAAUUGCUCGAAGACGAACAAGUGGGCCCCUUGUCGCAGCUGUACAAUUCCGUCAUGUCCCUGUUUGGCCAGCAGAAAAAGACGGAGCACCUGGUGAAGCUGCCUUCACGGGCCUUGGACCCUACGGCGCGAGAUGAAGCAGUACGUCCCAGCAGUGGCCCCUCAGGUCGGCAGGGCCGCCUGAAGAUGCUGGUGUUCUACAUGGUCGUGGCCUUCCCAAGCCACGGCAGUGAGACGCCCUUGCCUUCUAAUAUGGACUUGCCUACGCCGGAAAUGAUCUCCAAUGCGCUCCAGCACCGUUUUGCGCCAGCGAAGAUGCAGACACCUUCAGCUUCGCGCCGAGCAAGCUCCGAAGAGCCGGAGCUGUACAUUGAUACACAAGUGGAUCGACUGCCUAAGCCGCAAGUCGUCAGCUCGCCGCGCCAUGGCCACCGAACGAAGUCAAGCGCGCCACGUACACCAAAGCUCCCGCCGCGCCAUGGCCACCGAACGAAGUCAAGCGCGCCACGUACACCAAAGCUCCCGCCGCGACCCAAAACGGUGCAAGUAUACGUGUCCGAUGCGCGUGUGUUGCCAUACGUACGGGGCGCGUUGAGCAACGGUGGCCUGCUCAAAUCCAAUUCGUUUGCUACCUCUGAAAGUAGGCCGGCCUCGCCAUCGCCCUCUACGCCGUCCCCUCGCUCGGGCAGUACGACCCCGGAACCAAAACACGAUCGUAUUGGGCCUCAUGAACUGGGUACCUCGUUGGAAGCGAUCGAGAGUUCGUGUCGCUCCCUGCUCGCUCGUCGUAUCUCGCCCGAUCGUGAAGAUGUGGAUGAUACAUAUGCCCAUCAGCUGUACAUGCUAGUAUACCGAUUGUACCGUGGUCUCGAGAUCACCUUGGAAGGUGAUCAUGCCGACGCGUUGCAGCAGGAAAUGUCCAAGUUGAAUUUCCGGGCGUUGUCCGUGCUAGGACCUGUGCUAGCCCUGGUCAGCGAGCAUGAUCGAGCGCCGAAUUCGCCCACUCGACCGAAAGAUGUGCAUGCGUUGAGCACUACAGGCAGUUUGGCCCUUGGUAUCCUUGAGCUGUUUAGUGGUAGCAGCAGUGCCAAGGAAAUGUGUUUGGGCUUCCAGGAGCAAAUUGAGCGUCUCAGUUUGGCAUGGCGUGCGCAGGAUUAUGAGACGAUACAGCCGGAUAUGGACACGGUAGCGAUGCUGGCGUGUGAUGGCCCGGUCCUCGUCCAAGCCGCGUUAGGCCAGCUCCAGCGUCUGGCGAAUUUGGUCCCUUCCAUUAAAACACGCAAACCGCUGCCGCUGAUCGAGUCUGUCCUGGGCCCCUUGUACCCGGGUGUGUACCGUGACGUGAUUGUGGAUGCCUUGAGCACUAUGGACGAUUUGGACACACGCGAGGACUUGGCUACGCAGGCUGCGAUCGUGCUGGGUGAGUUGAUUUUGGGUCUCUCGUCCCUGGCGCAGCAGGUGGACGAAGAGUCGCGACCUCCGUUGGGCAAUACAUUUAUGGAGGCGCUCUGCUUGCUCAUCCCCUACUUACCAGUGCCCCUGGAGAGCCAAGGAUCAGCGUCCCCGCUCCUCUCGAUGCAGUCAACCAAGACAGAAGGCAUAUCCCCACGUAUCACGGUGUGGAACAUUGUACGAAAAACGCUGGACCAGUUGGACAUUGACUUGGGCGAGCGGUGCUUGGGCCCCUCUGACCUGACACAUCUUCCACGUGCGCCGCCGUCGUACGAAAAUUCGCGGGGCUACUUCCUUGUACUGGUGCAUUUGCUGGCCUAUGAAGCAUUCAUGACACGUGUCAAGGGCAGCACGCGCGAGCGAUUGCGUGUCGCAACCCGAUCACGCAAGCGUCUGUCGGAUCCGCAGCAUUGGAGCACCGAUGUGGCGCAGGAGCUCUUGAGUCGUUUGGCCUCGGUGAUGCCAGGUACAUUGGUACCUGGCUUGGGCCCCAUGGAUGUCACACUCUCAGCUCGUACAUUGGCCUGUGUGCACGAUGUGGAUUUGUGCGAUGCGAUUCUCGCCAUGUCGCAGUGGUGUGUUCAUGCGCUGGCCAACGAUGCACGAACACGUACGCAGCUGGACGACGACUGUGCAACAUUCAUGCUACGGGUCCUUGCUUCGAUUGCCACGUACAGUUCAGAGGCACGGCUACGCCAGCCGGCCUUUGCUCUCGUAAGCUGUCUACUGUGCUACCACAGCAGUGACGAUGUUACGCUACGCUUGAUACGUGAGAUGAUGGCGCCUGAAGCGCCAGCGCCGCUGCGUGGCGGGACCGUUCACCUCGUCCGCGACUUGGUAGCCGAUCGACUCGACCGUUUGGAAGCAGGGAUCGUGUACUCAGACGCACUCUUGGCCGAUGGCCGGUUGUGGCGGGCGUGGAAUGACGAGCUGUUUGUGCUGCCGAGUGGCCAGCCUACCCCUCCGCCAGAGCGACCUGAGAAGCCCAAGAAAGAGGAGGCGGCGAGCGAGGAGGAUGACCUUGCUCCGCUCACCGCAUACCUGACACAGCACCUGACCUACUUGCAGGAGUGCUGCUCUCUCUUCUAUUAUGUGCAUGUGCGUGAUGCCUCGCACAACUACACCGGCAUGCGAGACGGUGCCACGUAUGUGCGCUUGGUUGAACGCUUCGUACAGCCAUUGGCAGCGUGGACGACACAAUGGCAAACGUAUCUUCAAGAACAUUCUCUGUCCAAUGACACCGCAUUGAUGGGUCUCGCACUUCUGGAGACAGCCGUAGCCCGACUGCAGCCAUCAGGGGACGGAAGUGCAGGCGCCAAGUAG